ACAAAAUAGACAUGACAAAAAAGGCAUUGAGGUCGACUCCGGAGAGUUAUACAAGGACAAAAGAGACUUUGAGGUCGUUUCCAAGGACGUAAAAGGCUUUGAGGUCGAUUCCGGAGACUUCAGAGAGUUACUAGAAUUAUCGAAUAACUACUCAACCACUUGA